GAUGAAUUAUCAUCACAGCCAGCAAUGAUUGGAGCAUGAUGAGAUCUGGAGCUGUCGUACCCCUCGGGGAAAGUAAAUUUGAUGAAUAACAUAAUCUCUUGGCUCUUUCUGCAAAUACAAGAGAAUUGUAAAUUUCAAAGAUGGUGACCUUGGAUUUAUCUCCUGUAAAGCUCCAGCCUCUCUUAUUAAAUUAUAUACAGAAGUUAGCUUUAUGCUUUCUAAGAUUUAUACCUAGAAGUUAUACUGUCUUCUGAUAAGCUUUAACAUGCUUGUCCAUGAUUGGCUUGUUUUCUGAGAUACUUUGGAGUACAGACACUGCUUGACCAUGUGCUGAUGCAGGCAUAUCAGGGAAAGAAUGGGAAAUGGAAAGGAUCGGUAAGGGGUUUAGUCGAUGCUCCCAUGGACAAAGUAUGGCCCUUGGUCACUCAGUCCAAGAGGCUACAGGAUUGGAUGCCAAUGGUUGAGAGAUGCACCGACAUAGCCGGAGACGAAGGAGUUCCAGGCUACGAACGGGUUGUUUCGGGCUUCAUGUUUCCACUGAAAGAUGGAGAAAGAUCAUGGAUCAAAGAGAAUCUGCUUUCCAUGGACCCAUCAGCUCACUGUUACAGUUACAAACUGGAAGCAAGCAAUGUGGGAUUAGAUGGAUCUAUCAACACAUUAAAGCUUGUGGACUAUGGAGAAGAUUCAACAUUGAUUGAAUGGAAGUUUGAGAUAAAUCCUUUGGAAGGUGUUUGUGAAGACAGCAUAAUUGAUUAUCUGGGAUUUCUUUACAAAUCUUGCAUCAACAGAAUUGAAGGUGCUAUUGAAAGUAGCGGCAGAAUCUAAACAAGUUUAAGUAGAAAAGAGCUCUUUUCUGUUUAUGUUCUUGGAAAGGAUGUUAUUGCUGUUUGUUUCUCUGGAAAAUAUGAACUUUGCUUUUGUGAUGACUGAUGAAUGGACUUAAAAAACAGUGGUGGUAUAGCAAUUUAGCUAUGGUUGAUGUAAAUUAUUGGCCAUAUUAACGCUUGAUGUGAAUUAUUGGCGUCGAGGAA